ACGUUUUACGAUUAAUCAUAUACUUGCUUCGAGUUAAAAGUAUUUUAUUCGUAUUAAAAGUGCACAAUGCGAUUUUUAUCGGGAGUGCCGAAUAAAGUGUCGGGCGAUUACCGGGAUGUGUUGUUUACCGCGGAUGUUCGCGAUUAACAGUGUUUCGUUGAUCGUUUGGCGACCGACCAUGAAUGCAAAUAGGUUAUAAUUCCGAAAAUGAAUCAAGUAAACCGUACUUGUUAACUGUGUCGCCAAGAUGAUCAUCGUGCGUCUUUCUCGCUCCAAGUCCGUAAACGUAUCAAAUCUACCGUCUGCCGAAUAUGUAAGAUGAAUCACGUAUAUUAUGUGUGUGUGCACCGCAAAAUGUGUUUCGUAAGUAAUGCAUAAAUGCGAGCCGGACCUUUCGUCCGGUAAUGCGCAUAACCAAGUGUAAGUUUCUGAAAAUCAACGAUUCUUCGAGAAAGCUGAUGCAGAACAGUGUAAACUGGAGCUGGAGCUAAUGCAAAAUCUGCACAACAAACUACAAUACCCUAGCUGGUAUAGCCAGAUGGCGUGCUUGGCUAGUGUACAACACCGAUCACAUAAAUCUGUUGUAAGUUCGAGAAAAUGAUUGGAACUAAAUUAAUCAUUUGCAUUGUUAUCUGGUUGGUAACGUUGUCAAAAUUAUUGACACGAGCCGAGGAGAAACUAAACAACUCUCAAAUUAGCCUUAAUGAAACUCAAGGCUUAAAUAUUUUCCCAGGAAUCAAAUUUUUCUUGACAGACGGUGAAAUUACUGUGCACAUGCGAAUUUAUGACCUACUGCAAGAAGUGGCAGUGGAGGGUCGAAGCAAAGAAAGGAAGAAUAUUUUAGAAAGACUCAAACAUAUGAUGAUGAUGACGCCAAUUAUUAUGCAGAUACUUUCGCUGCCGGGCGCCAUAGCGUCCAUCAAAAUGUCACUUUUGAAAAGUCUUAUGGUAGCGCAAUUAGCAAUUGCAAUUAUGAUUUAUAAUUUAAUCAAAAGUACGCAAAGUGAGGAAGUAGUAGUAUAUCAGCCGCACCAUCACAAACAUUUUUAUCACAAUUCCCAUUAUCACGACAACGAGGACGAAUGGUUCGGUAGAUGAAUGCUACACGAACAAGUGCGACAAUAAAAACAAUAUAUAUGUAUAUUAUUGUAAGACUAGUUUCGAUUUUGCAAAGCAAUACACUCGAAUGUACGAAAGACAUCUGUGAUAUA